UUCAGCAUCUUCCUCUUAACUUUAAAAUCACUUUUUUUCUGAAAAUUCCAAAAUCCCCAACGCCGCCUCUCCCGGUGUCUCCUCCGUCUCGCCCGCCGGUCCGCCGUCACCUCCGCCGCUUGCUCUUUCACUUCACCUACGUGGCGCAAUCUCAGCCGUCCGUCCAUUUUUCGUGCUCGUGAAUCUAGGCCCCUCGCUUUUUUUCUCAUCCCGAGGCCAAAAAACCAGAUCUGCUUCCAAUCCAAUCCACUCUCUUCUAAAUUCUCGCUUUCUUUUCUUCUUCGCUUCAACUCCUCAUAUCGUGUUCUUCAUUCAUCUUCUUCUGGAUUUUGUAGAAGAUUCGGAAAAGUUAUGGCCAAGGUAGCAUCAAUUUGCUGUGCAGCUCUUUCGGUUCUGCUUUUAAUGCAAUUCUCUGUUUCAGCGGAUUCUCCGGCGGAAUCUCCCGCUCCGCCGCCGCAAUCUGGCGUAGAUUCUCCUCCGCGGCGUUCUCCUUCUAGCAUAUCCAGUCCACCGGACGCAUCGCCUCGAAACGCACCGGUGAAUUCUCCUCCAUCGCCUCCACCAACAGAUCUUGCUCCUGAUUCGUCUCCGAUUCCACCGCCUCCUCCUUCCUCUUCUCCGGCUCCAUCUCCACCGCCAACCGAAGCUAGCGACAUUAGCCGGAGCAAUGUGAUUAAAGAAAACGAAUCGGAUGAAGAAUCGAAAGACGGAAUGAGUGGAGCUCAGAAAUUCGGAAUCGCAAUAGCAGUGAUCGCGGCGGUUGUUUUAGUUGGAUUUGGAGGAGUGGUGUACAAGAAGCGCCGAGACAAUAUUCGCCGAUCUCACUAUGGAUAUACAGCAAGAAGAGAGAUCCUCUGAAGAUCGCCAUGGCUCUGGUACAUUAUCAUUUCUUAAUGGAAUUACAUUUUCUUUUGGUAUACACAGUUUUAGGGAUUCAUCCACAGUUCCAACUCUGGAUUGAAUAUUCUUUUUGCUCGAUUACGACUCCAUUGUUCAUUACUGAUGUGUUAGAUUUUACUGUUAUAUUUCAAUGUUUUCGAAUUCAGAUUUCAUAUUCUGCUUCCUUGAUUCAUUUUCUGAUCUUCUUCUGUCGUAUUCUUGAGGAUUUGAUUCCUGUUUGGUUGGCUGAGAAAGUUCUGGAAGAGAAAAUCGUUUGAGAAUUCA